GAACAAACUCAAAGGUAGAAGAGUGCGACAGCUAUACACAGAGUUGAUCUAGUGACUUGAGUGGUCUAAGACCGCUGUUCAUCACCCAAGAUGCGCUGGUUCCGGCCCUCGUGCAUCCUGCUCCUGCUGUGUCUUUACGCUCUAGCGGAAGGCAAAGCUCGCAGAGACAGAUCCGGCUCACCACACUCCCGGAGAGAUGGCGGGGACGACAAGGACAAGCACAGUCCUGAGUCCCACAGGUCUAUGUCCGGCAUGACCAAGUCGUCUAGGAACAGCCACAUGUCUGCUGUGGAGAAACUCCCCAAUGUCUUGUGGAGAGGGACAGAGCUCAAUCUGUCGCCCACUUCCGUUGUCAAGGACGCACAGGGUGACGAUAAGGACAAGGGGAUACGACGGAAUCGGAGAGUGAGGAGGUCAGCGAAGAAGAAAAGUGAGUUACAGUAGAUACAUUAACGGGUA